CUCUAUUGAAGAAAACUAACAAACAAAUGAAUAGGCCUUCUUCUUCUUCUUCUUCACUCAAAGCCUCAAAGCUCCUCCUCUGCUCUUCUCUGUUUCCAUUUCCGAUCUGAACCAUUUUCGGCUCCGGCUCAAAUGGCCGAGGAGGCAUCACCGACUCGCCUCACCUUCAUCCUCAUUGUUCUCGUGAUCUUCAUUAUCGAUUCCGUCCAUGUCUUUGCCAAUCCGAGCACCCCUGCUCUUCUUCUCCAUUCACUUCCAGUCCCGGCCAUGGUGUUACCUCUCUACCACUCCACUCCCAAUUCCUCUUCUUCUUCUUCUUCUUCUUCGACGUUUAAUUCGCGUCGCCACCUUCAGGGAUCCGAGUCCCCUCGCCGCCCCAACGCCAGGAUGAGCCUCUACGACGAUCUCCUCCGCAACGGGUACUAUACGACCCGGCUUUGGAUCGGAACGCCGCCGCAGAUGUUUGCUCUGAUUGUUGAUACCGGCAGCACUGUCACCUAUGUGCCUUGCUCCUCUUGUGAACAGUGUGGCAGACACCAGGACCCUAAGUUUGAUCCCGAAUCGUCGAACACGUACCAAGCUGUGAAAUGCAACAUAGAUUGUUCCUGUGACAAUGACAGGGUGAAUUGUAUAUACGAGAGGCAGUAUGCCGAAAUGAGCAGUAGUAGUGGUGUGUUGGGCGAGGAUCUUAUAUCAUUUGGGAACCGGAGUGAUCUCAAGCCUCAGAGAGCGGUUUUCGGGUGUGAGAAUGUGGAGACCGGUGACCUGUUCAGCCAGGCUGCCGAUGGGAUAAUGGGAUUGGGACGUGGUGAUCUAAGUGUGGUGGAUCAGCUUGUUGGGAAAGGUGUUAUAAGUGAUUCGUUCUCCUUGUGUUAUGGUGGGAUGGACAUUGGCGGGGGUGCAAUGGUUCUUGGUGGUAUCGCAGCUCCUGAAGACAUGGUCUUUACGCAAUCAAACGCCGGACGAAGUCCAUACUACAAUAUUGAUUUGAAGGAGAUACAUGUAGCUGGGAAGCAAUUGGCUCUGAAUCCAAGCGUCUUUGAUGGAAAACAUGGAACAGUCCUGGACAGUGGCACAACAUACGCUUACCUUCCAGAAGCAGCAUUUCUAGCAUUUAAAGAGGCUAUCAUGAAGGAAGUUAAUUCACUCCAACAGAUCCGUGGCCCUGAUCCCAACUAUAAUGAUAUCUGUUUUUCCACUGAUGUAAGUGAUGUGUCCCAACUUUCAAGCACCUUUCCACAAGUUGAUAUGAUAUUUGGCAAUGGGAAAAAGUUUGGCCUAUCUCCUGAAAAUUACUUAUUCCGACAUUCAAAGGUGCAUGGUGCUUAUUGUCUUGGGAUUUUCCAAAAUGGAAAGGAUCCAACUACACUUUUGGGAGGAAUCCUUGUCCGCAAUACUCUUGUAACAUACGACCGUGAGCAUUCCAAGAUUGGUUUUUGGAAAACUAAUUGUUCUGAGUUGUGGGAAAGACUUCAUGUAUCUCCUUCACCUCUACCAAUGCCUCCUACUUCUGAGGAAAAGAAUCCAACUGCCGAAACACAGCCUACAGUAGCUCCAUCUGGAUCGCCAUAUGUACUUUCAGGAGACCUCCAAAUUGGACACAUAACAUUUGAUAUGUCUUUGAACAUCAGCUACUCAGAUCUGAAGCCCCACAUUACAGAACUUGGUGAAUUCAUAGCUCAGGAAUUAGACAUUAACACUUCACAGGUCAAUUUGGUGAAAUUUUCUUCUGGUGGAAAUCAUUCCUUUAUUAAAUGGGACAUAACCCCCGCAGAUUCAACCGACUACAUUUCUAAUACAACAGCUGUGGCUAUAAUUUCCAGGCUUGCUGAACAUCGGUUGCAGUUUCCUGUCAUGUUUGGAAGUUAUCAGUUGAUUGAUUGGAGGGUUGAGCCCAAGGCAAAACGGACGUGGUGGAAGAAGAGUCAUGUGGUGGUUAUAUCAAUUUUAGUCGUUCUUGUUAUUGGAUUAUUAGUUUCUGGAUUGUGGCUUUUUUGGAGACAUCGACAACGGACCGUCAAUCCAUACAAGCCUGUGGAUGCGACUGUUACAGAGGCAGAACUCCAGCCACUUUGAAACUCAGGAAGCUGUCUUUGCUCAGUGGUUGAUGGCACAAAAGCCUGCCAUUUGCAUUUUUGACUCGCAUGACAACAAAAAUAUCUGGAAUCACAAACUACUCGCAGUGAUCAAGAUUAUUGUUGAUGAAUCAUUCUUUGCAGUCCAAAGAAAAGGAUGCUCAUUAUUAAAGCCUAGAUAGUAGAGAGGUAUAGAUAGAACUACUCACAUUUUUAUUCUGUAAACUUAAUUGAAUUUGUAUGUGAAUAUUUGUAACAACAUACAAGUGAAUCAAAAGUAUGCCCAAUAAGGCCUCUUUUUGAGCUGUUUUUCUUUGUA